AUGGCCAAGGAUGUGGAUUCCCUCGCAGGCCUUCAGCAGCUCUUUGAAGAGCUCCAAGUCCCGGAGUGUUUUGUCGAGGCCCUCCAGGCUUCCGGCAUCGCAUGCCUUGCAGACUUUGCAUACGCUUACGCGACCGCAGCAGACCUGGCAGUUUUUGCUGAGGCCAGGUCAGACGAGUUUUGGCAAGCCCUGCAGGUACAGGAUCCGGAGCACAGCAUGCACAUGGCGCGCAUGCACCGCGCACUUACUCGCGCCCAGGCUUUCGUGAGAGUCCAGGACGAGCUGCCAGCAUACGCGCAGCACGUGGACGAAAGCAAGGCUCAUGCGCGGGCCCGCCAGCUCCUGCGUGCCGUGCGUGAAGCAGCCGGGCGCACUGGAAUGGAGCAGCCUCCCUCGGCAAUGAGCUGGCUUGAGGAAGACAACCUUGCUUCCUUCACGAAAUAG